UCCAGUGAGAGGGGCAUCACCGACAUCCCGGCAUGCAUUGCGGUCGAUGACGCAAUGUUUAGCUGUCCCAUAUUUAUUUGCACACUUGCGUUGCACGUCACUAGCACGCUCUCGAAGCCUUCAACACUUCCUCCUAGUGUUCUUGGCAGCAAGAGGACCCUAGGGCUCAGUGCGAGCCUUGGGAUUGGGCCUGAGGAUGGAGCGCGCGCACAGAGCCGUGCUCCGGAAGCUCCGGGUAGAAAUGUCCGACCAGCUGCUGGUCAGCGAUACCAUCGUUCCGUUUCUGUACCAGGAGGACAUUUUAACGGACGCACAGGUGGAGGAGAUCGAGAAUCAGGUAACAAACAGACAGAAAACCCUGAAGCUGCUGGAAAUCCUGCCGACCCGCGGGCCUCGGGCCUUCCGCACCUUCCUGCGGGCCCUGCAGGACUUCAGCUGGGUCCGAGACAGACUGCUGCUGGAGCUCCAGGCUGCACCUGGACCUGCAGAGGACUGCUGGAUCCCAGACUCGGAUCUCCAGAGGAUCCCAACGGACCGGGAAUUGUCCCGGCUAGCAUCACGGCUCGGGACAGAGUGGGAGGUGGUUCUGAUGGAUCUGGGGCUGUCAGCGGAGGCAGUUUUCCGAUGCCGGUCCGAUCACACUCUGAGUACGCAUUCAGCAGUUCUUGCCGGCCUGGUUCAGUGGAGACGGGCGGAGGGAAAGAAGGCCACGUUGGAUUGGUUGCAGCGGAGUCUUCAGGGCGCUGGAGUCCAUCCGUCUGUCCUACAGGAUGCUCUGGCAUGAGACGGAACCGGGUCUCGGACUUCUGUUUGGGCUCUGAGGAACAAAUGUGACACAGUCCUCGUCCUGCUUUGGAAUCUGGUUUCUGUGGAAUUAGAGGCUGAACUGGGUUCGGUUAUGAACCACAAUCCUCAGAAAACACUAGAACACAGAAAAAACACUAAAAUGUGUGUCGUCCAGAACUGCCCACCCACCACCACUUUAUAUGUGUUUGGUCAGAAAAGGGUAGAAUGCCUUCUCCGGGUCAGGGAUGAGGUCCUGCCCCAAGUGGAGGAGUUUAAGUAUCUCGGGGUCUUGUUCAGGAGUGAGGGAAAACUGGAGCGUGAGAUCGAUAGGUGGAUUGGUGCUGCAUCUGCAGUGAUGCGGGCGUUGUACCGGUCUGUCGUGGUGAAGAGAGAGCUGAGUCAGAAGGCGAAGCUCUCGAUUUACCGGUGGAUCUACGUUCCUACCCUCACCUAUGGUCAUGAGCUUUGGGUAGUGACCGAAAGAACGAGAUCACGGAUACAAGCGGCUGAAAUGAGUUUUCUCCCCAGAGUGUCUGGGCUCUCCCUUAAGCCUGAUUGAUACUUCUCUGCGGCGGAGCGACACAUGCGUGUUGACAGAGGCGUUUUGCUUUCAGACUUCUCCGUCUGCUGAGGAUGGUUGCAAAACCGUUCCCGCCCAGGACAACGGAGGAUGUCGCGCUAUCCUGAGAGACUUUUGAACAUGGACAACAGUAUCCCUCAUUCUCCACCUCUUCAUGCAAUCGGCACCUCUAAACUUACGGUUCUGGUCUUUUCCACGCACGAGUAAAACACUUCAUACUCUCUCAGUCCCGGGUGAGGAAAUGUUCAUUUUUCGUGAUGCGUUCGUCAAUCUGUUCCGUGUCUGCCGCUAAAUAUCUCUUUCCUUCUUGAAGCAGCAAAGACGGUGCUGUUGACGAAUUCACAGGAAGCAGCGUCCUGACCAGUCACACGCUUGCGGUCUCAGUCUCUUUGAACGGAUAGUUCAAAACUGGGGCAUGUCUCCGUCUUCCUUUUGCAAGCACGUUGGAGGGCUCGUGUCGACACAUGAUGGCAGACAGAGAAGUAUAUAUUAGGCUUCAGAGAGGGUGAGAAGCUCGGUCAUCCAGGAGGGGCUCAGAGUAGAUCCGCUGCUCCUCCACACUGAGAGGAGCCAGUUGAGGUGGCUCGGGCAUCUGGUCAGGAUGCCUCCUGGACGCCUCCCUGGUGAGGUUUUACGGGCCCGUCCUACCAGGAGAAGACCUAAAGGAAGAACCAGGACAGGUAGGAGGGACUCUGUCUCUCGGCUGGCCAGGGAACGCCUUUAGGAUUCCUCCUUGGGAGCUGACACAAGUGGCUGGGGAGAGGGAGGUCUGGGCCUCCUGGCUUAAGCUGCUGCCCCCGUGGCUCAACGCCAGAUCAGCAGAACAGUGUAAAUGGAUGAUUUAACUGAAACUUCAUCAUCUUAUUAAAUAACAUUUUAAAUAAUAAAAUAAAGGUUUACAAACGUCAGAUCACCAUCAGUUAGAUUUGCUAAAGCAUGGUGCGUUUUGGGUAGUCGGGCCAUGAAGGUCGCUUAAGUCUUCCUCUGUGGACAUCAGACUUCAGGAUCCUUGAUGUGAAUAAGACGUCAUAACGCAUUCAUCCUUUUAUUGAGAAGGUUAUAAUACUUUAAAGGUAUUGUUCUCAUACUUUUCAUUUUACGACUGUGUUCCUGCAGUCCUGUGGUUGGAAUGGGAAUAAACCUUGCACACUAGCCCUGGAGACGCUUCCGCUGAUUCCUGUUCCCUAAACUCCUACAAAGCCUCCGUGUUUGUUCCUUAAACCAGAGAGGUGGUGAUAUGGCGCACUCUCCCGUUGUUUCCUAAAGCUGAUCAUGAAUGAUUCAGCCUUUAUUCUUUGUUCCUGUUGUGAAUCUAAUUUGAUGAUAAAAUGUCCCCCAGCAGGACAAUCGAAGGUUUUUCUGUUCCACUCACUACAACAUGGUGCAAGGGGGCGUGUCGGUCGUGUGAUUGACAGACUCUUAUGGGCCAUUCCCAUCUGUACCGGGUCGGCCCGGGCCGGGUAGCGUAGGUUGUUUACAUAUCUGGGUGGCCUGGUGUUUUUCCGGGCCGACCAAGGCUCAUUCUCAGCCCUCUUCUGGAGGGGGUCUGCUUCAGGCCGACCAGGGCCAACACACCCACUGCUGACAGCAACUUCACACCUUCCAUUAGAGCAAGCCUCUGAUUGGUGGGUAGAAUCAGCCCACAUGUGCUUAAGGCAAGGAUGUGUGGAAUCAACCGGGCCAGGCUGGGGCCGACUGGGGCUACCCGGCCCGGGCCGACCCGACCCGGUACAGAUGGGAAUGGCCCAUUACAGAUCAACAAGUUUUAAAAUCUGAAACUAUUUUAGAUUUUUUUUUAAUCUAAAACGUGAGUAUAAAGUAAAUGAACUGGUGGCAUAUUUAACAAAAACAUGUCCUCUUAGAAAAAAAUACAUUUGUUAGUUUUUUCUUAUGAAAUUGAAGCAAAAUAUUCUGUGAAUAAAGGUUUAAAUGAAAA